UUCCGAGCCCAACGAACCCCUUUCCUCUCGGUUCGCGCUCGCCUUCCCCACCGCCAUUACCAUCCUCUCCCUGCAACAAGCUCUUGCCAACAAGGAGCCGCGCGCCUCGCCAGUCACCAGACGCCGGUUCGCCACCCCGAUCCAUGCAGCCGAGCGGCCGCGAAAUGCAGGGCGGAGGCGGCGGCGGGCAGGACGACUUCUUCGACCAGAUGCUGUCCACGCUGCCGGCCGCGUGGUCCGAGCUCGGCUCCGGCAAGUCCCCCUGGGAGCUCCCCGCGGGGGCCUCCGAGGACGCCGCGUUCGACGAGUCCGCGCUCCUCGCCUCGCGGCUCCGCCACCACCAGAUCGGCGGCGGCGGGGACAAGCCCGUCAUGCUCCACCUCAGCGACCUGCACGGCCUCGCCGCCGGCGUGGAGGACGGCGGCGCCGCAGGGUUCCUGCCGCUGCCUCUGUUCACCGACCGGGCGAGGGAGGACAUGGAUGCCACCUUCAAGUCACCCAAUGCCGUUGGAGGCGACCAGACACUGUACAACGGAUUCGGAGCCGCCGGGAUGCAUGGUGCCGCCGCUGUGCAGCCGCAGUUCGGGCAGGGCGGGUCAAUGCCGGCGCAGAGCUUCGGAGGAGGCGCAGCCGCGCGUGGCGGCGGGUCGGCACCGGCAGGUGCUCCGGCCGCCGGAGCGUCGUCGGGGGGAGGGGCCGCGCCGCCGCGACAGCAGCGUGUGCGGGCGAGGAGGGGACAAGCGACUGACCCUCACAGCAUCGCCGAACGUCUCCGGAGGGAGAGGAUAGCUGAGAGGAUGAAGGCGUUGCAGGAGCUGGUCCCUAAUGCCAACAAGACCGACAAGGCAUCGAUGCUCGAUGAGAUCAUUGAUUAUGUGAAGUUCCUCCAGCUCCAAGUCAAGGUUCUUAGCAUGAGCCGAUUAGGUGGAGCUGCAGGGGUCGGCCCUCUAGUUGCUAACAUGUCAGCAGAGGGUAAUGGGAAUGGGAAUGCUACAAGCGACAGCGGAGAUGGCAAUGCUGCCAACGGCGGCGGCAAUGGUGAAAACGGUGGCGGCAGCCUGAAGGUGACGGAGCAACAAGUGGCGAGGUUGAUGGAGGAGGACAUGGGCACCGCCAUGCAGUACCUGCAGGGCAAGGGGCUCUGCCUGAUGCCCAUCUCUCUAGCCUCGGCCAUCUCCUCUGCCACAUCGUCGUCCCUCCUAUCCCGCCCCUCCAUUGGCUCAAUGGGCAGUGCUAGAGGCCCUGCGCAUGAAGGCGGCAACCCGGCGUCGCCUCCAUUGAUGAACGGCGCCGGCGGCGACGACUCCCGGACCGUCAAGGAUGCUGGUGCCGGCAGUAAACAGUGAAGGCAGAGGCAGCGUUCUUGACUUCUCGGGAGGUUGUGUGCUCAAAAGGGUGGUCUUGUAGGGGUGGAAUUGUGAAGUGGCGCCGCAGGCCUUUCCCCUCCCUCCACCUUUCCUGCCCUCCUUUUGUUUGUUUAUAAGAAAUGAUGUUGAAUCAUGCAACCUUUAGCUCCGUCUUUUCAUGUUCUUGCGAAAUAGCUUUUCUGGUCUCUUUACCUCU